AUGCAUAUUUUGCUUCAAUCAUUUGCCAGAGGCUGGAUUUCAAGAAAGUGUUUUCUUUAUGAUGCAGUUUCCUCACAAUACACUUAUUACAAAUUUCCAUGUGGAAGAACGUUCCCGGAGAAUUUUACCUUUGCUCUGUGUGAUACAGUGGUCAGCUAUGAAACUGAGUUCAAGGAAAUUAUAUGCCAGUUAGAUGGGUUAUGCUCCUUUUUUGAGAAUAUUGAACCAGACACAUUUAUUCAGUUUUCUAACUUGAAGAUUCUCUCCUUGUUUGGAGCAUUUGAUCAUGGUGUUGUUUACAGUGGCGCAUUUCAGAAUCUAGAGAACCUAUUGGAACUUCUGUUAUCAUUUCACGACUCACUCGCUUCUCAUUUUACAAUACAGAAAGGUGCAUUCCAGGGACUUUCUAAGCUGAGGGUUUUAGAAAUUAAAAACUACAAUUUUUCUGCUGAGGGAUAUUAUCCUUUCAAAGAGCUAAGUACAUCAUUGGAAAGCCUCAGCCUCAAAAAUUCUGUUGUGAUAGAUAUGUGUGACAUUUUGCAAAGUAUCCAACAUAUAGCUGCCCUAAAACACCUUAAUCUAGAUGACAACAAAAUUCAUACCCUACACAACUGCUGUCAAGCCCAUCCAUGUGGAACAACCAAUGAUCUAUUGAAUCUUUCUACUCUCUCUUUACGUGAGAAUCCUCUACAUAAAAUUGAAGUAGGUUCUUUGUAUUACAUAAAGGACAUCAGAGUGAUAGAUCUCAGUGGAACUGAACUCACUGUGCAGGAUUUAUUGAUGUCUGGUAUUCACAAAAUAGAAAACAUCUCAUUUUCUGGAAUGUCACAUAUAGGAAAGGAUUUAAUUGAAAGACUUUGCCAAACUGCUUACCAUCUCCAAGUGAAAAAUUUAAUUCUAACACAAAAUGAUAUUCUGGAUUUGUCCAGUAAAGCCUUAAGCAAAUGUCAGGCAGUUGAAACCCUGGAUGUUAGCUAUAAUUUUAUGAAGUACACAGAGGCAGGAAUUUUGGCCUCAUUAAAAAUGUUAAAACAGUUUAUUCUGUCAGUAAAUAAACUAACAACUAUUAACUUCUGCCCAUUGAACCAAACAAUUACAGUUUCAAUAACCCAUUUAGAUCUUUCCUACAAUUCUGUAUUGGUUCUGAAAUCAAAUGGACUUGUAUGCAUGGACACAUUACAGUAUCUCAGUCUUGAAAAUAACAAAAUUAGCAUAAUAGAAAACUUAGCUUUCUCUGGGCUUAGAAGACUUAGUGAAUUGAAUUUGAAAGAAAACAGAAUAUCUGUACUAGAACAACAUUAUUUCACAGAGCUGAAAGAUUUAUAUUCUGUAAACCUACUUGGGAAUAAUAUUCAUGAGAUGUCUGAAGGGGUUUUCAAAGACCAAGCUUCAUUACAAGAAUUACACCUUGGCAAUAUAAUGAAGCAGUUAUCUUUGGAUAUUUCAGAAUUACAAAGUCUCCAGACUUUACACCUGCAAGCAAAUGAUGAAAUAACAAUUUUAAGUUCAAAACCUCGCCAUAUCAGCUCCUUGCAAAUUUUCAAAAUGCAUGGUCCUAGGUUCAUUCUUGAAAUUCCUUUACCAGCACUGAAGCAACUUCAUGUUAAAGGAAAUGAUGACCUAUUUACUUCUUCAGAAUCAAUUUGUUUCUUUAUCCAUCUUGAAACCCUUUAUUUUCAAAGCAGUGGGACAAGAAAAGCUAGCUUAACUUUAUCAAAAUUAUAUAAUCUAAAACAUUUAUACUUGAAAGACCUGUACUAUACAACGGAAUAUAAUUUAGCAGGCUUUGAACUUGUUUUUCAGAAUCUCACUAAACUGGAAACUUUAGUGUUAGUCGGUUCUGGUUUUCCAUAUUUUACAUUUCGCAUGUUUAAGGAUCUGACAUCCCUAAAAUCUUUGAUCAUUGAAGACCAGCGCAUAGAAACUCUAGCUUUUGAAGUGUUCAGGAAUUGUAUUAAUCUGAAGUUCCUUUUGUUCAAUAAUAUCAUUUUCCAGUGUACAUGCAAAAAUGCAUGGAUUGUUUUAUGGGCUGCAGCUAAAAGGGAUAUGAUACUAAAUGUACAAGAUGAAGUUUGUGCUAUGGAAUAUCAGAAAUCCAAAUUUGUUUCCUUUCUAGACAAGACAUGUGACAUUUCUGUGCAGUUUGCUUUUUUUCUAGGAAGCACCAUAUUUGUCUUGUUGUUCAUAAUAUUCACAUUCCUGAGUAAGAAACUGGGCUGGCAUAUUGUUUAUUUUGUUUAUAUUAUCAGAGCCAGGCUUGCAAAACUAAAGGGUCAGAAACCUGGGAGAAUCAAAUAUAAACAUGAUGUGUUUGUUUCUUACAGCAGUAAAGAUGAAUUCUGGGUCAUCCAUGAGCUUAUUCCAAACUUGGAGCAGAAGGGACCACCUUUCCUCAAGGUGUGCCUCCAUAACAGGGACUUUGAGGUAGGGAAGGACAUUGUGGAUAACAUUGUGGACAGUAUCUACAACAGCAGGAAAAUAAUCUGUGUGAUCACCCAUCAUUACCUACGGAGUGAAUGGUGCUCGCUGGAGAUGAGAAUGGCCACUUAUAAGGUCCUAGCAGAAAGCCAAGACUUUCUCAUUCUGGUGUUUUUGGAAAGAAUCUCUCCCUAUGAGAUAUCCGCUUAUCACAGGUUGGCAAAGAUGAUCAAGAAGAAGACUUAUGUGGAGUGGCCAGAGGUGAAGAAGGAGCAAUUGCUGUUCUGGGAGAGGUUGAAAAACUCCAUAUAG